ACUAUCUCAAUGUACUCGGAGCUGUAGUUCGCAGCUUUCCUCGAAGAUAUAUGAGCCUGUCUCGGCCACCACAUUAGUCCACGAGGAUCUACCUAUUUCAUGACGGGAAGCACUUGCUAUACUGCCAUGCGAAUAUACGCGUUCCCUGACACACCGUGAACCUCUCUCGGCCUCGAUCGCAUCAGCUGCUUCGCUCUGGUUCCCUCCAAAGGAAGCCGACACAAUGGCAUCAGGUGCGGGCUCGCCCUUCUCCCUGCGGCCAAUGCCGGCAGGUGACAGGAAACCGAAGAAUCUCGCCGAAUUCAUUGCCCGUAUGAAUGUCCAUAGCGAUGGAUUCCGUAAUGUGCGCGAGGACGAUCUUCACAAGGAGAUCGAGGCCCAGAAACAUGGCGCUGGGGACUCGACCAACCUCGAUAGCACCGAUGGCUCCGAUACCGAGAACGACGCAGAGUCCUCCGUGGACCUUAGAGCUGCGCGAGACGAGAUCCUCAGGAAUAUCGAGAUUGCCCACCGCAACGCGAUGCUGACUCUCGAUUUCGUGUCGCUCCUGUUAUCCAAGGAAACUCCUGUACAGGCCGGAAUGACCCUCUCCCCGGAGCUUCGCGAGAUGGUGGGCAUCGGGACACUUGGCGCGACGAACCUGUCUGCAUCGAACCUCACCAAAGCGAGGGUGCAGGAGAACAAGCUGGUGGCGACAGGGAGGAAGCUAUUGGACAUCAACAACACGGCUGACUCCAUCCUUUCCGCGGCCGCGAGACUGCAGAAGGAGAUCAGCUUGGAGACCAAGUAUUGGGCUGAAGUGCUGGCCGUCAGCGAUAGCGGCUGGUCCGUGUCUCGUCUGCCACAAGAACCACAGACCAUGGGAGUCAAGUUCGGUUUCUCUGAAUCUGGCGCUGAGUUCAGGGCCAACAGCCUUGCGCCCAUGAGGAGGGCUGAUGAUGGUUCCGUUAAUCUUGACACGGGUGGAUUGGGUGGGGACUCAAAGCGGCUCCUGGUUAGCAUCGAGAAGGAUGGCAAGGUUGUCGGCAGGUCUUCUCUUCCUGAGGUCUUGUCUGAGGAUGCGCCGUUGGAAAGCCGCGUUCUCGAGGCACGCAACUCAAUCUUUGCGCAAGAACUGUGGCACGAGAUCAACCGCGAAGGCCGUACACUGCUAUCAUACAAUGUGCGACUGGAAUCAUCAGCAGUGACUUACGGUCUUGACGCCAACACCAACAUUGUUUUCAAGCUCGUCACCCUCGGCGAUGAGGCAGACUUGGGCGGCCCUCCGGACUCCAAUUCAGAAGACGGUAACGCCGAAACUAUUUGUACCGUUCUCUAUCUCUUACUCAGUUACGGGCACCGGCAGAAUGGCCGCAAACGGUCCCAGCAACCACUGCUUAGUGCCGCCCAGGGCCGACAGGCACACCCGCCACAUUAUCUCCUCCGGCCUAUCCUCGCCUACCUGCAUUUCGAGGGCUUGGUCCAGCGCUGCAUUCGCUUUCUCUCCGACCUGACUGCGAUACUGCAGUCCGCCGGCAUUACUACAGCUGCCUACACGAUAAGUGAGUCGCCUGUUACUCUCAGGUCUCUCUUGCCCGCCUCAGAGUCGCUGCUCGCCGUCUUGCUCGACCCGCUAAGCUUCCGAGCCGAACUUACCAUCACUCCGGAGGCACGUCUGGAGAUUGUGGGCCACACCUUCACGGCCCAGUACGUCACGGGCCAAUUUCGUGUCGGUCUUCUCCCACCGGCCGGAAUCCCCAGCGGACAGGGCGGGGACGCACCGGCCGCGGGCGACGGGAACACGCCGCCAGACAACACCACGGCGAACCCUCUCUUCCGCGCCUUCCCCCCCGGCGAUGGCUACCCCAGCCUGGACGAGGUGCUCAUCUACGUCCGCCAGGCAAUCCCCCGCGUCCUAGCCGACCGGUACGAGGGCCUGGCCGCGGAGUGGACGGCAGCGGCAGCGGCAGCGGCGGAGCGAGGCGGCCAACACGAGUCCCCGGAGUGGAUCGUCUCUAUCGACGGCAAGGCGGUGCGGGACCACGACACGGAGGACCGCGGGGUGCGGUUCGAGCUGUACGGGACGGCAGCGGCAGACGGGGACGACGACGACGACGGCGACGGGAAUUACGGCGACGACGGGAGCGACGGUGGUGGUGGCGACCCGUCCCGCCUGCGCGAGCUGCGGGUCACGGGCGACCUCUUCGCCGAUGGCAAGCCUGCCCGGAGGUCGUGGGUGUGGACCGCGGCUGGGGAGGAGGCGGAGGAGGCACCGGGGGGGAGGCUGGACGACGUCGUCAGGCAGGUGCUGCUCUGCCCCUGACCAUGGUAUGGCCCGCCGGGUUUGUAUAGCUAGGAUUGUCAGUCGGCAGCCGCCCCGGGGGGCUGUUGGCGCGGAGGAGAAGGGCCGGCGAGCCGCGCAGCCCAGUCUUUGGGCGACUUCGCCGUUGGUGAGAUCGCCGGGUCCAGGUUAGAGUGACCUCUAGUCAGGGGAGAACCUCACAUAGAUAUAUUAAAGCUGACAGCGACGUAUUUAAAUGCAGAACAGCCGGACGGGAAGUAAUCACUCUAUAAUUAAUGAGACAUCUCGAUCUGUUUGCAGUCGGACCGCAUGUACAGUACAUGUACAUUCAUUCGGGCGUAAGAGUCAUGAAUUGUUCCUGGUAUCUCUGUGUCUACAAAUUGGAU